ACUUCAGGGUCCCAAUCCCCAAUUAGAAUAACAGACUGUUCGUUCGUCUUUUCUCCUUUUUCUUUUUUUGGGAAAAUUAUCGGAGCAACAGAAACCCUAGGCCGAUGGAUAUACUAAAACAGGAAUUGGAGCUACGUCGGAAAAAUCUGGCCCAAGACGUCGGUGGCCGGAAAGUUUUUAAGCGGUCGGAGAUCGAACAGAAGCGCCUCCAGAGGAUUCGCGAAGAGGAAAAACGCGAAGCUGAGGCCAAAGCCCUCCGUCAAAAGCAAUUGGAACAGAAUCAGAAGUCUACCGAUGAUUCCUCAUCAAAAUCUAACUCCAAAACCGACACUCAAUGCCUCAAGCAGGAUUCAUCAUCUUCAUCGGUAUCCAAAGUACUUACCGACGAGCAAAAAAUCGAUGGAUUAAACCUUCCUCGACAAGAAGUUAUUCGGCGACUUAGGUUUCUGAAACAACCGGUGACUUUAUUUGGUGAAGAUGAGGAGGCGAGGCUUGAUCGUUUGAAGUUUGUAUUAAAAGCUGGAACGUUCGAAAUUGACGAUUCUGACAUGACUGAGGGGCAAACCAAUGACUUUUUGAGGGAUAUUGUGGAAUUGAAGAAACGGCAGAAGUCGGGGAUGAUGAGUGAAAGGAAGCGGAAGGUAACGGAGGAUUCUGGUGAGGAUAAAGAUGGAGGAGGUGGUGACGAAGAUUUGAGUGGAGAUGGAAACUCCUCGGGGGUUGAUCAUGAUAAGGAUUUGAAGAGGAUGAAAACGAAUUUUGUUGAGUUGUGUGAUGAGGAUAAGAUUUUGGUGUUCUUUAAGAAGUUGUUGAAUGAGUGGAGUCAGGAGCUUGAUGAGAUGACUGAUUCUGAAAAGCGGACGGCCAAGGGGAAAUCAAUGGUCGCUACUUUUAAGCAGUGUGCUAGGUACUUGCAUCCAUUAUUCAAGUUCUGCAGGAAAAAGUUACUUCCUGAUGACAUUAGGCAAGCACUACUUGUGGUUGUUGAAUGCUGUAUGAAGAGGGACUAUCUAGCUGCAAUGGAUCAGUACAUUAAGAUGGCAAUUGGUAAUGCACCUUGGCCUAUUGGUGUUACUAUGGUUGGUAUUCAUGAACGGUCAGCUCGUGAGAAGAUUUACACAAACAGUGUUGCUCAUAUCAUGAAUGAUGAGACAACUAGGAAGUAUCUGCAAUCAGUUAAAAGACUGAUGACAUUCUGCCAACGACGUUAUCCAGCAAUGCCAUCCAAAGCUGUGGAGUUCAAUAGUCUUGCAAAUGGCAGUGACUUGCAGUCUCUACUUGCAGAAGAGGGUACUUCUGGGGGAUCUCAAACCUCAGAGGAAAGGCUUCGAAUAAUGCCUGCAUAAGGGAUAAUCCUUCAGCAUAUAUAUAUUAAUUUUCCAUUAGUACUCUCUUUUUUCCGCUUCUCUCCAUGAUGUAGCUGAAUUAUGGCCUGCCCUGCAAAGCCUUGCACAAGGGGGGAAAAGAAUUUGGAUGACCUGGUUUGUAACUUGUGGAAUUUGAUCUUAUGUAGAGAAAACUCACUUUUAGUUCUGGGAUAAGUUAUUAUGAUACGUGUUAAGUGCUUGCUUUUUCUUAGCUUUA